AUGCAUCCUGCUAAUAAUAAUGAGGUGUAAGUUGUUUUUUUUAAUGAUUUUUUUUAGAUUACUAAUCUAAAUAAAUAUAAUUUUUUAAAGAAUAGAAAUCAAAAAAGAAAGAAAUAGUGAUGAAGAUGAUCAAAGCAAUAGAAUGUUUCAAUUUUCGAAUCGUAGACAACAGACAUCUGAAGUGAUUGUAGAAGAAGAUGUGAUUGAAAAAGAAUCUGAAACUGAAGAUGAAGAAGCAUUGGCUUCCGAAUUGGAGUCUGAUUCUGAUAAUGAGUUGAAAGAAAUUCCAACAUCUCCCGGUGAUGAUGAACAUGCUGAUAUUAUAACUGAACUUCCGAACCCUAGAAAUUUACAACGUCGAUUUUCUCUGGGUAAAAUUCCAGUUCCUCCGAAGACUUUGAAUUAUGAAGAUAUCAAAGAGCUUGCUGAUCAGGUAUGGUGAUUUUAUGAGAAUCAGAACUAGACAAAAAUGAAAAAUGAACGCUACAAAAUUGUUUCUAAUACAAUUUUUUGUGUGUACAAUUUUUUUGACUUCUGAUUUAUCAAAGUGCAUUUUGAAACAACAAAAAAAGAUAAGAAAAUUGAAGAUUUUACCGCCGAGAAACUUGGAAAAAAAUUUUUGAAUUGGAUAUCCAGAACUAAAUAUGAUAAAUUUUGAUCUUAAAAUUAGAAAUUUUUCGAAUAAACUUCACUUAAAAAAUUUGAUUUUGAAAUCAAACUUCAAUAAAAAUCCAGAAGAUAAGAAAAAAAGAAUUUUCAGGCAGGAGCAUCAUCAACAUCUCCUCAUAAAACAAUGGAUCCUCGUCGCUCAUCUGUAACCCUAGAUAUAUAUAAAAGUUUCAAAGAAUCAAAUAAAAAGAAGCAAAAUUCGAGUAAUGAUCAAACCAUAUACGUUGAAUCAAAAGGUCGUUUUAAAUCAAUGAGAAAAGGAACAUUCAAUAUCGAAAGAGUUCUUGAAAAAGAAAAAGAAGAUGAAGAUGAAAAACAGCAAAGUUUUUUUGUUCCAUUUCAUUUACAAGACAUUGGACAAGCUUUUCAUACACAACGAUCAAUUAAUCAAUUUGCUUUGAUUGUUCAAGGAUUUUUGGCUGGUAUUUCUGUAACUCUUGCUGUUUUUGCUUUUAAUUUUACUGAAGAUGCACUUUUUCGUAAUUAUCAAUGGAUGAGUUUGCCAGUUCAUGCAAUUUUUAUGAUUGCAUUUUCAAUUGGACUCUUCACUGCGAUUGAUCGGUUGGUUUUUUUUUGGCGUGGCGUGGAAAACUACAUUUCCACUGGAAAUCAGCUGAUUCAGCAAUUAAAGUUGAAAUGUCAUUCAUUUUUAAUUAUUCAAAAAAAAACGAAAAAAAUGCUCUCAUUUUUAGUUGAGCACACCAAUUAAAAAUAACAAUUUUAACGAAAAUUGAUCUUUAAAAAAAUUGAUCUAAAAAAAUGUCAAAAGCUAGGAAAAAAUACAAUUUUUCGACAUUUUUUUUAGAUCUGAAUCGCCUCAUUUAUCUGACAUAGAAAACAAUAUAAUUGAAUCAAUUUGAAUUCAAAAAAAUUGUCUCCUGGUUCAAAAAAAGCCAUUGCCAAAUUUUUAUAAAAAUCGAAACUGACAGAGAAACACAGCUCCAAAUUAAUUAUUGUACAUCUGGACUUUCAAGCCACGGUGUUUCACUGUUUUUUCGAAAUUUGAAAUUUUAUCUUUCAAAUGAGCACAACUUAUUUUUGCUCAGACUACACUUUUAAUUUAUUCUACUUUCGAUUUGAAAAUAUAAUGAUUUUUAAGUUAUUAGAAAAAUACUACAUACUUUUGAAAAGUCAUUUGAAAGUUUGAAGAAAUCCAACUUAAUCUUCUUUAAAAAUACAAAUUAUUUUCCAGACUUGGAAUUUACAAAACCCAACAUUUUUACGCCGCCAAGCAUCUCCGAGGCGCAUUAGCCAAUAAUGCGUUUCUCGGUUUCAUUAUCUGGUCUGUCGGACUUGUCUCAAGUCUUUUAUGUAUCCGCUUUGAUUCAUCCCUCUACCACGGCUCAAAACCCGACGAUCAAUCGAUAUAUUUCUGGCGUUCUUGCUCAAUUAUCCGUGCCGUUGCCGCGGCAAUUGGUUGGCUCCUUUUAGCAUUCAAACCCGAUUCAGAUGUUGUUGCCAGGCAAUUGAAAAAGUAAGGAUUAUCCUAGCCAAUUAAUUCUAACCUACAUAUUUUAGAGCGGUUCUCGAUUCGGUGAAACUCGACAACAAAUCGCAAAACCUUUCGGAGAAACGAGAAAUUGUUCUGAAAUCUUUGAAUAUGCUAUGA